GCUAUGAAAAAAGGAUCAUUUUUUAAAUAAUAUAAUAAAUAAUUUUAAAUAAUAAAAUUGUUUAUGUUUUCGUUGUUGUAUUUAUUGUUCUCAAAAAUGCCGGGGUUUUGUAAAAAAGUAAAGUCAAGUUGCUAACAAGAUUUCACUUACUACAAAACAGUAUGCCAAAAAAUCGCAACAAAACCAGAACAGAAGAGGAAGCUGCAUUCUUUAAAUUACUAGGCUUUACAGAUGCUGCCACUGCGAGAGCACUUCAAAAUAGGGAAUGGCACGAUGAGUUCGAUGUGAAGGCAAACCUGAGAAAAUUGUUUUUGAAAAACAAACCGGAGAGCAACGAAUGCGAAUGUCUUGACACACACCUUCAACAUGCUCUCAAAAGAUACCGAGUCGCCAAGCGGAAGAAAAAGUCUGAUAAAGAUUUGAAACACAAACAGGCGGUCGGGAAUCAAGAAUCAAGAAAAACUUGUGAAAAUUUCUCGACAAAUAUUAAACGCCCAGAAAAGACAAAUAUUCCAGGCCAGCAACCAGACAACCAGAACAAAGCGAAUACUGAAUUUAGGUCGGCACGUGAAGAAUGUAUUAGACAAGCUAAAGUGGAAAAUAGACCUCCUCCCGUAAUCGCCAGUAGACCUGUAAAUCAACCAGUUCGUCGUUAUAUGGGAAAUCGAUUGGUUACGAUCAAGCCAAACAAAGAUCCACAGCAGGAGCAAAGCUCAAAAGUAAAAGAGAGUGAAUCAAAUGAAGAUGAGUUUCUUAAGGGAAUAGAUAAAGAACUUUUGGAAAUAAUAAAGGUUGAUGUUCUCGUUAAACCAUCGAAUUUGACCUGGGAGGACAUUAAGGGACUGGAAUUCGCAAAAGAAACAAUGAUGGAAACAAUUGUAUAUCCGAUUCAGCGACCAGAUCUCUUUAUUGGUUUAAGACGACCAUCCAAAGGAGUACUCAUGUUCGGUCCACCCGGCACCGGCAAAACUCUUAUCGCCCGCUGCAUAGCCAACAAUGCAAAUGCUACUUUUUUUAACAUCAGCGCAUCUUCGUUAACUUCGAAAUGGAUCGGGCAAGGGGAGAAGAUGGUAAGAACGCUCUUUACGUAUGCCCGUUUCCGUCAGCCAAGUGUUAUUUUCAUCGAUGAAGUAGACUCUUUGCUUUCUCAACGCUCUGAUAACGAACAUGAAUCUUCACGACGUUUAAAAACCGAGUUUCUUAUAUUUCUUGACGGAUGUGGAACAGAUUCAAAUGAUCAAGUACUUUUGAUAGCAGCCACCAACCGUCCGGGUGAGCUAGAUGAAGCAGCACGACGUCGAUUCACGAAAAGAUUGUAUAUUCCAUUGCCUGAAAAGGAGGCUAGAAUAGAAAUUAUAAAAUAUCAUCUGAACAAGGUCGAGCACGAUCUAAAAGACACGGAAAUCGAGUAUUUGGCGUCAGCUACAGAGGGGUUUUCAGGAGCCGAUUUGAAAGUUUUGGCAGAAACUGCCGGUAUGAUUCCGAUGCGAGACUUGUUCAAGACACACGGAUUUUCCAAAGACAUCCAAAAGGAGGACAUUCCACCAGUCAAUAUCGAUCAUUUUGAAAGAGCUCUCAAAGGAACACGACCUAGUGUCUCUAAAGAAGAUGUGACGCACUACAUUGAAUGGAACAAAAAGUUUGGAUCAACCGAUGGAUAUUAAAA